GCUUAUGUGGAGUGGUUCACGCCAUUCAGGCAACCCGAAGCAAACCAUGGUUUGUACAAAAUUUCCUGCAUCAUUCGUAAUGGAGAGCGUCUUGUGAGCAUCAUCGAUAUCUCUGAGAUUCGCAGGAGUGUACACCUUAUUCCAAAAUUUGGCCCAGUCGUACCUCACGAAUGGAUGAGCAGUACCAUUCUGGAGCUUGGUUCUACCUUCUUUGUAAACUCGUUUAGUGACAGGCAUGCUUAUCUCACUAUAAUCUGA